CCGCGGGGCCGCCGGAGCCGAAGGCUCCCGCUCGCAUCCUCCUCUUCCUCGGGUGGUUUUCCCUCCCUCCUCCUCCUCCCCCCCGCCCUGCAUUUCCUCCUGCACCUUUAAGAAGCCCAUUGCCGCCGGUGGGAUGGUGUGUGCUAAAGCUGCACAGAGGAAGUUACGCAGCCGGGAUCAGGCACGGAGAUAAAAGCUCCGAUUGUGAUUGAAAGUGAGAGCAAAAGGGAUUUCAGCCUCGGCAUUAACUUGCGAGGGGAGCCGGGAUUGCACAAAGCUCCCCCGGCCAUCUGCCCUUGGGGGCCGGCGGCGCAGCGCCUGCCCGCCGCGCUGGGCUGGGCUUAGCUGGGCAGGGCUGGGGGGUGUGUUUGGGGUUCCCCCCGGCCCCGAAGUUGCUCCGCCGGGAGCCCCGCACCGCAGAGCUCCCUCCCGGUGCCACCUGCUGAUGAGCUGUCCCUUUGCCCUGACCAUGAAAGGGAGAGGAGACCUCAGGUAGCCACAUGGAUUGCAGCUGAAGGCUUUGGGAACUUGAUGCUCGGUUGCCAAAAGGCAGAGUUGGACAAAUCCUCGCCUGCGAGUGCCUCACCACCACCACAGGACACGGCAGGAGCAGCAGAGACCAGCACUGCUCCUGUCAACCCAGUGACCACCCAGCUGGUCCUGCUGGGACCACCACGGAUCUUGACACCUGACCUGUUCAUGUUGACGCAACCAUCCUUUGGGAAAAGGGAAUUUUAGCUCCAAAGGAUCUCUCUUGUCAGAGUUGUACUGAUGACCAGAUGCUCUAUUCAUUUUAUAUGUUAAUGUUCAAACUCCCUAGUAAUUAAGGCAGACACAGUUUAAGGCACUUCCCCAGCGACGCAUUUGCAGCAGACAAGAAGGUUGAGGAAAACCUGAUCCAGCACCAUCUCACGGCCUCUCCAAUUUACUCCUAUCAAAUUUCAUCAGCAGCUCAGAACUUGAUCUUUCUAUUGAUUGACUGGAGUCACCUCUAGAUAUUUUCAUGCUGAUUUGGAAGACCUUUCGUACAAUAAAAGGGGGGGGAAAAUGAGGUUAAGGAAGACUUUUGACCACUGAUCAGCAACUCUGGCCAAAACUUUCCCAAUCAAGUGAAUUGCAAAGUUGGCUUCUGUGCCGAGAGGAACUUUCCACAUCCAGACACAGCGGGCAGAGUGGGAUCAUCCCUGUUACCAUCUGGGUCUCCUUCGACUGGAUCAUUUUUAGAUGAGGAGUUUCCAUGCUGAUCCUGAGAGCAACCCCUAGCCCAGUAGCUGCCUUCCUCGGGACUCCCGGCACUGCCCUCACCCAGGGACCCCGCGCUUGGCCGCAGCUGCCAUGCUCCACCUGGUUGCUCUCCUCUUGCACUGUGUCCCCUUGGCCAUGGGACAGUAUGACAUUUGCAAGUCCUGGGUGACCACGGACGAUGGCCCCUCAUGGGAGUUUUACGCUUGCCAGCCCAAGGCCAUGCGGAUGAAGGAUUAUGUGACGGUCCGGGUGGAUCCGGCAGGAAUCACUUGUGGGGACCCACCCGAGAGGUUCUGCACCCAUGAGAACCCGUACCUGUGCAGCGACGAGUGCGACGCCUCCAACCCGGACCUGGCCCACCCGCCCAAACUCAUGUUCGACAGCGAGGACGAGGGGCUGGCCACGUACUGGCAGAGCGUGACGUGGCGCCGGUACCCGGAGCCGCUGCUGGCCAACAUCACCCUGUCCUGGAACAAGAGCAUCGAGCUGACGGACGACAUCGUGAUCACCUUCGAGUACGGGCGCCCCACCAUCAUGAUGCUGGAGAAGUCGCUGGACAACGGGAGGACUUGGCACCCGUACCAGUAUUACGCAGAUGACUGCAUGGAGGCCUUCAGCAUGCCAGCACGGAGGGUCCGAGACCUCUCCACCACCAGUGCCAACAGGGUCCUCUGCACGGAGGAGUAUUCCCGCUGGGCGGGCUCCAAGAAAGAGAAGACCGUCCGGUUCGAGGUCAGGGACCGCUUUGCCAUCUUUGCUGGCCCCGACCUCAAGAACAUGGACAACUUGUACACCCGGCUGGAGAGCGCCAAAGGGCUCAAGGACUUCUUUACCGUGACUGACCUGCGGAUGAGGCUGCUGAGACCCGCCCUGGGGGGCACCUACGUGCAGAGGGAGAACUUGUACAAGUACUUCUAUGCCGUCUCCAACAUUGAAGUCACCGGCAGGUGUAAAUGCAACCUCCACGCUAACCUGUGCACCUUCAAAGAGGGCAGCCUGCAGUGCGAGUGUGAGCACAACACCACGGGGCAGGACUGCGGCAAGUGCAAGAAGAACUUUCGCUCCCGGUCUUGGCGAGCAGGAUCCUACCUGCCUCUCCCUAACGGGUCCCCCAAUGCAUGUGCAGCUGCAGGCUCAGCCUUUGGCACGUAUGAGCGACCGCAGCGGGUAAACACCCCAAAAACCACCACUGCAAAAACGACCACCACAACAACGCCCACCACCACCACCGCCACCUCAACCACCACCACCACCACCACCACCACCACCACCACCACCACCACCACGCCCCUACCAGCCACCACCACCCAGCCAGCAAGCGUCAUCAGACCAGCCUCUGAGUUUGCUGCCUCUGUGCCCGUGACAGAAACCCAGAAAAAAGCAGGUAUUUAAAGCCAUCCCGAUGUGUUUUCCCCCUUCUCCUUUCUGAAGCCCCCAGACCCUCCCAAGAAUAUGCGAGCGGCUCCGAAGAGCAAAGCAGGGCGCACAGCACACUCUGCAGGCAAGAGGCACGGCAAAAAAACAGCAUCCUCAAAGAGCUCAAAACUCAUCCGGCUCAAACCAAACUCUGGCCCAGUGGCUCCUAUCGAAUCAUACAGAGACUGUGAGUGCUACGGGCACUCCAACCGCUGCAGCUACAUCGACUUUCUGAACGUGGUGACCUGCGUGAGCUGCAAGCACAACACGCGGGGGCAGCACUGCCAGCACUGCCGCCUGGGCUUCUACCGCAACAGCUCGGCCGAGCUGGACGACGAGAAUGUCUGCAUAGAAUGUAACUGCAACCAGAUCGGCUCCAUGCACGACCGCUGCAACGAGACCGGCUACUGUGAAUGCAGGGAAGGUGCCACGGGGCCCAAGUGCGACGACUGCCUGCCCAACUACUACUGGAGACAGGGCUGCUUCCCCAACGUCUGCGACGACGAGCUCCUGCUCUGCCAGAACGGCGGCACCUGCUACCAGAACCAGCGCUGCAUCUGCCCCGUGGGCUUCAAGGGGGUGCUGUGCCAGCAGUCCAGGUGUGAAGUGGACAAGAAGGACUGUGACGGUGCCCCCGGUGUGGGCAGCAGCCUCGGCACGGUCGCCCUGGGGGUGCUGGCCCUGCAGCUGCGCGCCUGGGGGGACCUCUGACCCCGCAGGGCGGGGGGCCCAGCCCAGGCACGUCGCCCGAGGGACCUGGGGAGCCCAAGGUAACGGGUGGCUCUCCCCACCGUCUCCUCCGCCUUCCUUCACGCUAGGACUUGCACAACUUUGGGCCCACUUUCCCAGCAGAGGUAUCCGCAGAGAACCCGGGGCUGGCUCCUGCCCA